AUGGGCGUGUCUCUAAUUUCCCGUAUUAUCUUCUUGCAGUUGCUCGUCCUAGCUGGACUUGUUGAUGAGUCCCUGGCUCGUGGGUUUUCUAGCUCAGCUCUUGCUCGCGCUCGAGUGCUGUCGGCGGCAACUCUGAGAUCCACGCUUGAGGCACGAGAUACGUCUUCCUUCCUUUUGAAAAGGGAAACCAGUUUCGAUUUUCUUGAAAGCCGCAGCAGCGGUGGCUCAUUUGUUGUUGAUGGCUCGGUUUUCACUGCCAGUGUGGGAGUUAGGAGUGAAAAACAGAUUUUGACCCUUGAAGACAUUGAGAGUGACCUGCUUGACGUUUCAUGCUCUGCAGCGGAAAUAGAACUACAUUUUACUUCAAUCAAUGCUCUAGAUAGACUCGCAAGAGAGCUUGAACAUCUGACCGAUUUUAUCGUCGUGUCAUCGCACUUCAAUUGCAAUGAAGCGGACCAAAGAGCACCUCACAUGGAUAGAAAAAUUAUGAUUCUAUCAAAAACAUCGAGUGAUUGGAAAUCUGCUUUCAGCGUGCUCGGGGUCUCAUUCUCUCGCAAACCAUCGACCCAAGUUCUGGAACGACGAAAUAUUAGUUUGAAUAAACGCCAGGCGGCUAAUCCUACAAGCACUGUCCCUACCGCACCCGCAUCUCCCACCAACACGGACCCUGCGGUGAAAUUAAUUGACCAAGUCGUUAUGCCUCCUGAGUUCCCAGGGUCUUCUCUCUUCAUCCCUGAGGGACUGACAUUGAAAUGUAAAAACUGCACGGUCGGCGGUAAUGUGGAACUCUCACAGGGGUCGUUCAAGCUCGAGGAUCCGGACAAUCCAAUUGAUGCGGUAAAUAAUACCAUUCAAUUUUUCCAACACGGGGAAGUCCAGGUCGAUGUAGAGGACCUCUUUGCGCAUAUCGAGCUUUCAACGGAGUUGGAUUUAGCAGCGAAUGGUUUGCAGUUCUCAGUGCCAUUACCAGAAUUUCCUAUUUCUCCCUUCAUGAUACCCGGCAUUGUCGCUUUUGGGCCAAUUUUCAGGCCUAAGAUUGAGAUGUCCCUGACGCUAAAUAAACCUUUCGAGUUUGAAUACGGAUUCAAUGUCUCCGUACCUAAUGAUGCAAGUUUCACAAUCGAUAUAGAAGAUCUAAGCAACUCGGCCACCACCGGAUUCGACCGCACGAAAUUCUCAGCCCUUCCUUUUCAGGCGCAAACGCCAACCGGCCUUGAAUUCAAUAUCAGUUUCCGCCCCGAAAUCCUUCUAGGCAUCAGCUCCCCGAUCGCCGCGACAUCAGGAGACAUUGGCGCUUUCUUCAAUAUCCCCUCUAUCACCGUGAAAGUCGACCAGCUCAAAAACGUCGACGGUAAAUGCAACCCGCUCCCGACCUCAACCCCCCGACCAGACGAAGGAAAAGAUGAGAAAAACCACAUCCCCACCCUCGAAGACCUCAUAGGGGAUUUCACCAACAUCGUCCCCACCGUUGAGCUUAACAUGGGUAUCAGGGCUGGGUUGGAGAUCGGUAUCGGCAGCUUCUCGAAGCCUCUCGAAGCUGAACGCGUACUGGUUUCCAAGGAGUUUGCACUCCCCACGGCGUGUUUGGCCUAUGAUCAGGAGAAGAGAUCGUUUGAAUCACCGACUCCGCCCCCUCCACCUGCGAAAUCAGGUGAAGCCGGGAGCGGCGAUGGCGUUUCACAACAGAGGAAGACAGCGGGAGGAGCCAAAAGACAGCUUGGAGAGGGUACGGAGACUCGCUGGAUACUGUGGACAUCCGUGCUUGUUGGGAUGUUGGCAGCCAUAGGCAUGUUGUGA